AUCAACACUGCACGCAACCGUAGCGGUUAUUUUAUUUGUUUCUGAACUUACCACAGUUUACAAUAUAAAUCCUCAACAUUUCUUUGGAGUGGAGAACAUUACUGUUAAUAUUUCUAAUUGAGUGGUUAUCUAUCAACUAUCUUCUUUUAUCUUUGAUGAUAUACCUUUCUUUAGAAAUUGUAAGUGAAGUGGUGUUAUUAUAAAAUUAACAUAAUUUUUUAUUCGUGCGCGGUAUCUACAUAAAUACACACGCAGUUUGCAAAAAUUAUCAGAAAUCGACAAGCAGCGGUAGCAUCAUGGAAGUAAAAUAUAAUAUUAUCUACAUCGUUUUGUUUUCGUAUUUGAUUUUCGUCUACGCUCGUGAGCAAUUGGAAUAUGACCCCUGGAUUAACACAGCGAAACCGUUGGGUAAAGCAUACUCAUUUUCAACAUGUAAUUACAAACUUGAGGCCGGCUACACAUGCUUAAGUUGUAUAAGAGCGCUACAUUGUUAUGCGUCAAAUUUUGCCAUAUUAGUCGACUGUCCGCUUCUAUUCCCUUAUUGUCGCAACGGUCGCUGCUCGAGGUACGAAGGCGCUAAAUGUUUCGAGGAAAAAUUAUCAACAUCAACAAACGCAAAUAUUAUAGCAGAUGAGUUGCAUGAUAACGUGACUGUAAUCAGUGCAACUGAACACAAAGUUACAACGGAUGGUAUAGAGCACAACGUUCAAAAACUCGAAGAAACUCCAGAAACUUUGUCAGCGGAUGUGUGAAAGCAACAAGUAUUUCACUUUAACGGUUGAUGUGUUUAAUUUAUUAUAAAUAAA